AUGGCGCCCAAGCCGUCUUCGUCCUCCCGGGCGUGGGAUGGUCUCACGCCACCGCUAUCGCAAUGGACUCUCGAUGCCGUAGCCUCUAUGGGCUUCACGCGCAUGACCCCAGUUCAGGCCUCCGCCAUCCCUCUGUUUAUGGCGCAUAAGGAUGUGGUCGUCGAGGCCGUAACAGGUAGUGGAAAAACUCUGUCAUUCUUGGUUCCCGUGGUGGAGAAGCUUUUGCGCCUUGAUGAACCCAUCAAGAAGCAUCAUAUCGGAGCUAUCAUUAUCUCUCCGACAAGAGAGCUUGCGUCCCAGAUAUACCAGGUCCUCUUGUCAUUACUGGAAUUCCACCCUGCGUCGGCCGCGGCCAUCCACCCUCCCGAAGGCGAUGCGCCUCGUCCCAAAUCUUCGUCCUCGGUCUUGAAAGUGGUCCCACAACUCCUUUUGGGCGGCACGACGUCCCCGGCGGAGGACCUUAGCUCUUUCCUGAAGCGCUCGCCUAAUGUGCUGGUUUCGACACCUGGAAGGUUGUUGGAGCUUCUUUCGUCACCUCAUGUCCACUGCCCGCAAUCAUCCUUCGAAAUGCUUGUUCUGGACGAGGCCGAUAGACUUCUUGAUCUCGGUUUCAAGGAGGACCUUCAAAAUAUUCUGCGCCAUCUCCCUAAGCAGCGGAGAACGGGCUUGUUCAGUGCCAGCAUCAGCGAGGCCGUUGAUCAAAUUGUCCGCGUGGGACUCCGCAACCCCGUCAAGAUCGCCGUCAAAGUCAAAGGCGGGUCUGGCGUUGAAGAUAAGCGUACACCGGCAAGUCUGCAAAUGACCUAUCUUACAACACCGCCAGCCCAUAAAUUCUCUAUCCUCAAGCAUGUCCUUUCAUCCGUCCAGCCCACUCCACAAAAAACAAUAUUUUUCGUGUCAACGUGCUCCAGUGUGGAGUAUCUCGCCAUGAUUUUGCCAAUCAUCUUGGGAGACGAAUUCCUCCUUGUCCCUCUCCAUGGAAAGUAUCCUGCCACCGUCCGCCAAAAGAACUUCACACGCUUCACAACUUCCACCACUCCAUCUAUCUUAUUGACCACCGACGUUGCUUCCCGCGGACUGGACAUCCCAUCUGUUGAUCUGGUUGUGCAAAUCGAUCCGCCGUCGGAUCCCAAGACCUUCAUUCACCGAUGCGGCCGAGCAGGCCGUGCUGGACGCAGAGGUCUGAGUAUUGUUCUUCUCCACCCCGGGCGGGAAGAAGACUAUGUGUCGUUCCUCGAAGUGCGCAAGACUCCCGUUGCACCCUUCAGUCUCCCAGCUCCUCUUUCCGAUGCGGACGCCGCGACCGCAACCCAAAAGGUCCGCUCGAAUAAUCUCAAAGACCGUGCCCACCACGACAAGGCCCAAAAGGCUUUUGUCAGCUGGCUACGCAGCUACAGCAAACACCAAGCGAGCAGUAUCUUCCGCAUAUCAGACCUGGACUGGGAAGCUCUAGGCAAAGCUUGGGGCCUUCUCAGGCUACCCAGAAUGCCCGAGUUGCGCAACUUCGCCGGGGAUAAGAUGCUGGGUGUCAGUGUCGACUGGGACACUUUCGCUUACAAGGAUAAGCAGCGUGAGAAGCGGCGCAAGGAGGAAAUGGAAGAGAAGGCUCAAGGAGGAGACAACCAGCAACAAGAUUCCCGCAAACGACACGCGGGCGAGAGUGCUGCUUGGAGUCUCAACCAAGAAUCUCGGGAAAAGAGGCUCAGGCGGAAGGAGACCUUGAAAUCGCGGAAACAGAAGGAGAGGUGGGAAAAGCUGCCUGAGGAGGAGAAACAAAAGACUCGUGAGACGGAGCGGAUGGUUGAGGAGAUUCGCAUCAAGAAUGAGCAGGAACGGUUGUCCAGAAACCUUGCUGCUAAGGGAGAUGCGGGUGGGGACGAUGAGUUUCAGGGCUUCGAUUAA